AUGCAGGUAGAAGCUUUGAGCCCGCAUGAAUUGGCGGUCCUCCUGAACACUUCCGCGAACCCUCAGCAAUACCUGAUACUCGACUGCCGAAGUUUUUUCGAUUACAAUUACUGCCAUGUAAGGGAGGCGCGGAAUGCGUUCUAUUCCAAGAUUCUGAGACGCCGAUUUCUCAAUGGAAAGGUAAACAGAGUGCGUGAAAGGGGUGAUGAGAAAUGAUUUCAGACUUCAGAUGACUACUUGCUAAGCCAACUGAUGAAUGGAAUUGAUAAAUGCGACAGAGAUCGAUGCCUCGUUCUCUAUGGACUGGAGGACCAGAAACAUUUCGAGGGGACUGCCAAGUUCCUGAGCGCCCUCAUCCAACGGAUCGAACAAUAUGAGUUGUUCAAGAAGGUACUGCACAUGAAAGGUACGGUGUUUCAUACGGUGGGAAGAGUGUUAUCAAUCGAUUAGUCAUUCUCUGCUCUGGCUGUAAAACAAAAUUUGUUUUGCAAUCCAUUCUGCAGAACGUUGAAUAGUUACACUUUUUUCGCAUCAUAACGCCCAGUUACAUCCUUCACCAACUCCCAAAAACCCCUCAUAUUUUUGAUGGAUAGAAGGCGUGUUUUGAGCGAAAAAGCACUCUCGGGUAGUAACCAUUCUUCGCUCUGACGUUCGGUUUUGCGUUGUGGGGGGAUGGAUGAUGAGUCACUGGUUUCUUUGUCGCUUCGGGGGUCGAAUGUUGUUGGGGAGCUGACGUCUAGUGUUCUUCGAGAGACGAGCCGCAUCAUAGCCGGCCUUCCUUUGCCGGUGUGCCUGCCCUGAGGGGUUUUUGAGGGUUGUCGAUUAUUUUUUUGAAGAGUUUGCACUCCCGUUUUUUGGGGCCGCACGGAGAGAGUGCUCGUGGCCAGAGAGGGCGAGAUUGCGCUCCUCUCUUCUCCCCCUUUCCUUUUACUAGCAAUGCCGUCCAGCUUCGUCUUCCGGAAUCAAUACAUUCCCAAACAAAUAUUAGCGUCAGAUCCUCGCUAUCACCCCUUUUUUACUUCCCUUUCUUCGCCUUUUUUGGGAAUUUGAACCAGCCUUUAUGGAGAUGGAGUCGGUCCUUUAACUUUACUUUUUAGUCGAUUUCUAUACGAAUUGCUCAUGAACAUUGGGAAAAGGAUUUGUCAUAAGAGAGUUUUCGAAGGUUUCAUUAUUGUUGUUUUCGUAAUUAGAGGCACGAGUUAUUAUUAGAAUUGAUAGCCCCACCUUUUGUUUACUCAGCUGCUGAUAAAGCCUAUAUAACGAAACUUUCAAGUAGUUUUGUUUGGAAUUUAAUCCUCUUACUGAACAAGAACAUGCCUUUUCAUGACUAAAGCCGACCAAACUUGGGGUGUACUCCAAUUUUGUAUAACAGCCAUCUCAAUUUCGUAUCAUUUAGUGUAGAUUUCGGACCGUGAAGGCCCCAAAUAUUGCGUGUAUUUCGUCUGGAUUGUAAUCGUAUAGUCGGAGAUUAUUCCAUUUCCUUUCAAGAUGAUUCCCACCACGUAUCUCUAAGCCCUCAGGGCCCAAGAAGUUUUCGAAUUUACCCUCCCUAAAUGGUACCCCCGUCUUCAAGUGUGUUUUGUCGCACCCGACCGUCCUGCUUCGCCUCCCAACCAAGUGAGUAAUAUUGAAUUGAACAUGAUCGUCUUGUUACAUGAUGCGUCAUCAACGUAACGGUUUCUGUUAUAACGAAGAUAUUGGGAAAGCGGAGAUCACGCGGAAUUGGGAAAGCGCGUGACCUUUUUGUUGUGACUGUUGCUGAGGAGAGUCGGUUUGACUCAAUAAUUAGGGGAAACAGUUGACUCAUCAGACGGAAAUUGAUUGCUUGCGGGUGUUAUUCAGGUCGCCUUUGAGUUUGGGGUUUCUAUUGAUUUAUUCGGGGUCGCUGUGGAUUCUCCAGAAAAAUUGGGGGAGAAACACAAAAAAAGGGGAAUUUAAGAGGGGUUUUGUGGCUCGGGAGGUCUAGAGUAAUUUAAUUUACAAUUUUUUUUAUUAAAUUUUUGCAGGACCCUUCUCCGAUUUCCACAAACAUUACCCAUCGCUCUGUGAAUCCGCCGAAGUUGUUUCGACCAUUUCCAGCUCGAAUCCCCUGUUCUCCGAGCAGGAUGAAGCGACUCAGGGUUGUAGUCAGUCCCCCUUCAAGUCCAAUCUGUACCAUUCUCCAUCGGCGCAGACUGUGAUGGCAGGUCCUCGAUUCACGAAGCUUCGACUGCCCACUUCUUAUUCUAGUCCAUGCAUUGCCUCCUCAUCUAGUGAAAACGAGCCCUCAGGGCCCACCGAGAUCCUCGACUUUAUGUUCCUCGGGUCCCAGGAAGAUGCUCUCGACAGAAAUUUUCUUUCGGUAAGUCGUCGUUCGACCCUUCCAACCCGACUGUUGUGGUUUUAGAAACUCCCAAUCCAAAAAGUGAUAAACAUUAGCGAAAACUGUCCUCGAUCUGAUCUCAUUCCCAAUGACGAACGUCAUUUCUUGCGCAUUCCAGUCAACGACACUUACGAUGCCAAGUUGUCGCCUUUCUUCGAGAAAGCCUACGAGUUUAUCGGUGAGUCCUUUCUUGAUUACUGUGAUUGACCUUUGUACGUCACCUGUAGUCUCGUUCCUGACCUCAAUGACACAUAAUAUAAUAGCUAACAAUUAGUCAUCCCCAACCUUUGGUUUCAUCACGAGUUCCUUAAUGACGUUUCUUUUUUCAGAAGAUGCUCGAAGAAGUAAUCAGAAGGUACUUGUCCAUUGUUUGGCCGGCAUCUCAAGAUCGGCCACGUUGGCCAUCGCCUAUGUAAUGCGAAGUAAAAAACUGACUGCAGAAGACGCCUACAAGUUCGUACAAACCCGCCGUCCCUCGAUCUCACCUAACUUCAAUUUUAUGGGUCAAUUGACCGUCUACGAACGCAAUCUGAGAAGAGCCAAGCUCUUGCCUCCGGUGCCCUCAGGCUGUGCGCAAAGCUUCGGAAGAAGACCGGAAUCCAUCGAUGACUCAGUCAAGACUACUGUAACAAAAGAGCGUCGAGAAUUGCCGACCAAUGAGAAUGGGAAACGGAAGAUGGAGACGCCACUUUCGAUGCCUCAACGACCUCGGAUCUUGUUCUCGAAUACAGCCACGAGAAGAGAGGCCAAUCCCUCGUUGUCCUGGAAGAAUAUCCCCAUUCCCACCAUCCCCUCCCCGUCUACAGAGUUCUCCAAACUCGACAUAUCUUUGCAGAAUGACGUCUCCUUGGAAAAUCCCCUUUUUGGAGUUGAUAGAGUCGAUCCUUUGGUCGAUGGAGUCUGCGAACUUGUGGAAGAUCGAAGUGCAAAGUCAUGUGUGGCCUCGGACAUCUAUUUGAAGGAUAAAGUGAAGCCAAGGAUAAAGAAACCCUCCAAUUUGUGCCUUCCCUUAACCAGUAUGAUGGAGCGAAGUUCUUCAUGGUCGGAUAAACUCGGUUUCUCAAGUCACAAGUUCUCCAAUUCGAGUGAAUCAUUCAGUCAACAGAAGGUUGCCACUGAACGAAAGGCCUCAAACCCCCAAGGGGAGAGGCCAAGGAUACGAAAACGAUCCCAUCGGCUGCGAAAGCACGACAAGAACGGCGCUUUUGAUCCCAUCGAUGAAGAAGGUCUCGACGAUCUCUCAGAUUACGAACUCCGAAGAUCUACUUGUACUACAACCUCCUCAUCCACCGUGUAUUCGUCGAUCUCCACCGACUCCAACACUUCCGAGCUGGCUCCGCAGACCCCGGAAUCUGGUUAUCAGGAUGAGUUCACGAUAAAAAGGAAGUUGGAACAGCCGGAUGUGCCCGCGGACCUGAACCUGGGGCAGCCGGAGUGCUUCGACCCGGAGAAAGACUCACUCUCAUCAAAUUCUAGUCUCGAGAUUGCGGUUCAAUAA